AUGCGACGAGCUCGAAUAGCAGCACGACCAAAUCUGAUAAAGCAAUCCAAACAAAAUCAACAAAAAUUGCCAGAAGAAUCGAAAGAGGAUAUAGUCAUCCCAAUAAUCAGUGAAGAGCUGCCCAUUGAACGCCCAACAACUUUAUUCGAAGGGACAAGCAUCGAAAAUGAAUCAAGUCUCACCUCGAUGAAUGUAAAUGUCUCGGCAAUCUUUGAAGCGGCAACUAUGGGCUAUCACUCAUCACGAAAAGUCGCUUUUCAUCCAAAUGAGAAAAGUGAUGGCGAAAGAUUAUUCAGAUUCCGAAAAUUUACCGGCGAAGAAGAGCUUGACACAAAAACGAUGAGAAUGUCCGAUUUGGUGGCAUGGAAUCCGAAGCACGAACAAAAGCUAGAAAGAAAAGUCACCGAAGAAGCGCUGAAACGAGAAAUUGUGCCGAAAUCUGAGAAAGCUCAGCCAAUGGCUCCUCAAGUGAUAAUUGGACCCGACGGUAAACUCGUCCUCGAUGAGAAAAGUUUACUGAUUCGAGAGACUGAAUCAUCGGAAAUGUGGGGUAGCGUUGAUGAGGAAAGACUAACUCGACACACAACUUCGAUGUCUUUUCGCUCGAGAAAUUGGAGAAAGGGAACCGCUUGGACUGAAAAGGAAACCGAUCUCUUUUACGAUAUCCUUCGCCAUACAGGCCCCGAUUUCGGGCUGAUGCACGAGUUUUUCCCGACAAGGGCGAGAAAUGAGCUGAAGAGUAAAUACAAUCGCGAGGAAAGGUUUCGCUGGGAUCGGAUCAACAAAACACUUUCAAUGCCCGCUAUUCUCAACGAUUCUCUUUACGCUCAAGUCGAACAAGCGAUGAAUGAGAUUCGUGCCGAGGAACUCGAAAAGCGAAACCGAAAGCGAAAACCAGCUGAAAGCAAUGGAGAACUACGUAAAAGGUACGAGAAGGUCGACUGGGAUGAGUUGAAUGCUGAUUUGGUAGCUGAAGCUGAGAAAAUUAUCGAAGAUUUGGAGAGUGAAAGAGCUCAGAGCAAAAUAGUGCCAGUACCCGUUGAAACAAACAACAAAGCUCGUGAAGUCUCAAACGAAGCAAAACAACUACUGAAAGUUGCUGAAAAAUUACUGAUACCCAUCGAUAACAGUCAACCAAAGCAAGGAUCGGGAACCGAAUCAAGUCCAAAUCCUGCUGCUCACUUGGGUGGUUACGACGCCAAUAAAUCAGCGUCACCAGCGUCCGCUCAACCCAAAAAGACAAGCAAAAUCAACAAAGAGGCUGUAAGAAGGAUAGAGGAAUCCGUUAAAAGAAAUAAACCAAUGAAUACACAUGUGAUGCGAAACUAUUCGACACUCAGCAACCAAGAACUGCUCUCAAUCUCAGCGUCAUCCCUACAAGUGGAGAUCGAUGUGCAGAGUCAAGUCGAUUCUUUGCCAGCUCCACCAGUCGAUCCGUCUAUCAAGCGUCCAAUAGCUAUUCGACCGAUGUUGACACCGGAAUCGAUGUCUCCCUUGUUACCUCCAAUCUCUUCUAUGCUUGCUCCACUGGGAUCGAGCACAUCCGAAACCAUCAAAGAGUCCAACGAGUAUAUUGAAGUAAAUACUGCAGAGAAUCCGGACUCUUUAUCUACCGUCACAGCAUUUAAGCCAGUGAUUGGGUCAACUGAUGGUCCUUCCGCUUUUUCUUCACUCACAGGAAUUUUGGCACCAAAAUCACCGAUUGAAGCAGCAAACGGAAUUGUGAAAAACACGGAGGAAAUUCUCCCAGGACCAUCAAAAUCGACACUUUCUCAACAAGUUCGAGUCAGAGCUAGAACCAUCUCUCGUGCUUCAACUGAAGAUAGCCGAAACGACGGUGGUGAAGAUUCGAUGUCAAUGGGGAAUUUCGAUGGCGUUACCGCUCCUAAAAAAUAUCAACCUAGCAAGAGAGUCACUUCUUCGCAUCGUCUAUGGUCUGCAAGGUUUGCUAUACCGGCAACAACAGAGAUACGACCGACACCAAGCGUUAGCACGAGUCAAGAACCUCCGAAAGAAGCAACGCCAACUGCCCCAGCACAACCCACCACAUCCAAAUCGACCCUUGCCCGGCCGGCUCCGAAGCGGAGAGAAAAUCAUUCUCAACCACAACCACCUGUUGCUAAGGCUAUUCCACAAAAAGAGGAGAUAAUAGCUAAGCAAGCGGAACCCAUUUCACCGAUUCCAUCUUCUACUGAGCAACCCGCGACCACCGCUUUGAAGCCGCCGACUCCAAUAAAGCUCCCUGAUGCCAUUCAACAGAAUACUGAUAAAGCGAUAAAUGUGUCGCAAAAGCAGCCGGCUAAAGCCAAAGUUGCAGAAAUGGUUGAGAAAGCCGAAAGCCCCAUCAAAGCCAAAACAACGGCCAGAGUAUUCACAAAGGCUGUGGGCGGUAUCAGACUAGCUGUUCACCCAAAUGCAUCAAAGACGCUUGAAGGAGCAAAAAUUCGGCGUCCAGGGCAGAACAAGCCCAUAGCCGUAACAGUCAAAGCUGAACCUGUCAAAGAUGAGAAGAAGCCGGAAGAAAGGCAGUUCAACACUCCCAGCACGUCGAUAUUGAUCGAUGAAUCGGACGAAGAGGAAUCGCUUGAACAACCUGAAGUUCAACUAACUCGACCGACAUUGCGACGAAAUCCUCCAAAAAGAAAAUCUCAGAAA